CUGCCUGGUGGCCAUGACCCAAGCGCGCGACUGUGCACGGAGCCUGGCCCUCCUGCUGGUGGUCCUGACUGCCGAGCUCGCGGCAGGACUGAAGUGUGUGUGUCUUUUGUGUGACUCUUCAAACUUUACCUGCCAAACUGAAGGAGCGUGUUGGGCCUCUGUCAUGUUAACCAAUGGAAAAGAGCAGGUGAUCAAAUCCUGCGUGUCCCUCCCGGAAUUAAAUGCUCAAGUCUUCUGCCAUAGUUCCAACAAUGUGACCAAAACCGAAUGUUGCUUCACAGACUUCUGCAACAACAUCACACUGCACCUUCCAACAGUAUCACCCAAUGCCCCCAGAUUUGGCCCCACGGAGCUGACCGUUGUUAUCACUGUGCCUGUUUGCCUCCUGUCCAUAGCUGCCAUGCUGACAAUUUGGGCAUGCCAGGACCGCCAGUGCACAUACAGAAAGACCAAGAGGCACAACGUGGAGGAACCUCUGGCAGAGUACAGUCUGGUAAACGCGGGGAAAACACUCAAAGAUCUGAUUUAUGAUGCUACUGCCUCAGGUUCAGGCUCUGGUCUGCCUCUUCUGGUUCAAAGAACAAUCGCAAGGACUAUUGUACUGCAAGAAAUAGUAGGAAAAGGUCGAUUUGGGGAAGUUUGGCAUGGGAGAUGGUGUGGGGAAGAUGUGGCUGUGAAAAUAUUCUCCUCCAGAGAUGAACGAUCUUGGUUUCGCGAGGCAGAAAUUUAUCAGACAGUGAUGCUGAGACAUGAGAACAUCCUUGGCUUCAUUGCAGCUGACAACAAAGAUAAUGGAACUUGGACUCAACUUUGGCUUGUAUCAGAGUAUCAUGAGCAGGGAUCCUUAUAUGACUAUUUGAAUAGAAACAUAGUGACCGUGGCUGGAAUGAUCAAACUGGCACUUUCAAUAGCCAGUGGUCUCGCUCACCUACAUAUGGAGAUCGUUGGUACUCAAGGUAAGCCUGCUAUUGCUCACCGAGAUAUAAAGUCAAAGAAUAUCUUAGUGAAAAAAUGUGACACUUGUGCCAUAGCUGACUUAGGGCUGGCUGUGAAACAUGAUUCAAUCAUGAACACUAUAGACAUACCCCAGAAUCCAAAAGUGGGAACAAAGAGGUAUAUGGCUCCUGAAAUGCUUGAUGACACAAUGAAUGUGAGCAUCUUUGAGUCCUUCAAGCGAGCUGACAUCUAUUCUGUGGGGCUGGUUUACUGGGAAAUCGCUCGAAGGUGUUCUGUUGGAGGAAUGGUUGAGGAGUACCAGUUGCCUUAUUACGACAUGGUGCCUUCAGACCCUUCGAUAGAAGACAUGAGAAAGGUUGUUUGUGACCAGAAGUUCCGACCAAGUAUCCCGAACCAGUGGCAAAGCUGUGAAGCACUCAGGGUCAUGGGAAGAAUCAUGCGUGAGUGCUGGUAUGCCAAUGGGGCAGCCCGCCUGACAGCCCUUCGUGUGAAGAAGACCAUUUCCCAGCUGUGUGUCAAGGAAGACUGCAAAGCCUAACACCAACAGGCAAAAAGGAACUUCUCACAGCUUCCUCUGUGUCUCCUGCUUUGUGUAAAUGUUUUUGCUUCUUUUUGCUGUGUUUUGUUUUAGUUCUACCUCAAUGAUGAUUCACUACAGUGUUUAAGUGUCCCAAAGGCAGCAUGAAAAGAUAACUCUAAAGUUAAGCAUGGGCAGGUCUUGACUUUUCCAAUCUCCAUGUUGUCAUUAAUUUUAUUUUUAAAGGUGACACGACUCAUUCUGUUCAUAUAAGAAGGAAGAUGUUAUGAAUGUAUAA